GACUACAACCCAGGAGGACCGCUGCUGUUUUUCGCUUCUUUCCGGUUUCAAGUGCAUCCUUUUCGAUCCUGCUGCAUCCAGUUUUAAGUGCUAAUAAUCAAAUGCGUUGCCGCUCAAUGCAUAGAGGAAGUCGCUAAGCAUACGAUCGGGAAAAAACCAAACCCCCAAAAACCUCCGAAACCGUGCACGCAAGCGAAAAAAGUUUGUGACUGCGUGCGUGCGUGUGUGUUUUGUGUAAGUAAUCAUCCCGUGGUGGAGCCCGUUAGUGAAAAAUCGAAGCGAAGCAGCCCUAAUAGACAGCUUUCCGUCCGCGGAUCCAAACAGCUCCUACGAAAGCGUGAAUAGAAAUCUAACUCAAGCACCGAAGAACACGGCGGUUGGCCAAUCACUUAGCCGGCACAAUGCAAACUAUAAAAUGUGUGGUGGUCGGUGACGGAGCCGUCGGUAAGACGUGCCUUCUUAUUUCGUACACGACGAACAAAUUUCCCUCCGAGUACGUACCGACUGUGUUCGACAACUAUGCAGUCACGGUCAUGAUCGGAGGCGAACCCUAUACUCUAGGACUGUUUGAUACUGCUGGUCAGGAAGAUUAUGAUCGCUUACGUCCUCUGUCCUAUCCUCAGACAGACGUGUUUUUAGUGUGUUUUUCCGUUGUUAGUCCUAGCUCGUUUGAGAACGUUAAAGAAAAGUGGGUUCCGGAGAUAACACAUCAUUGUCAAAAGACCCCGUUCUUACUAGUAGGCACACAGAUUGAUUUGCGUGACGAAAACAGCACACUGGAGAAGCUAGCCAAAAACAAACAGAAACCAAUCACGCUGGAGCAGGGCGAAAAGCUGGCGAAGGAGUUAAAGGCAGUCAAAUACGUGGAGUGUUCCGCAUUGACUCAGAAAGGGCUAAAGAACGUAUUCGAUGAAGCCAUCCUGGCAGCGCUAGAACCUCCGGAGCCGACGAAAAAACGAAAGUGCCGAUUUUUGUAAAACAUCCGCAGUUCUUUCAGAACGACAGGAAGAAAGCAGUGGGUCGGUGGAACGUUGUCGCACAGUUCGAUGGAAACAUGAUGGUGUUUCUUUCUUUUGGCCGCGCGCCAAGCAUAAUGCAGUCAACAAGAUAGAAGCAGUAUGAGAUUGACAGAACAAACAACAUACAAUUGUGUGUUUUUCUUUUAUCUUAUUUCGCUUUCCUUUAAUGAAAAACAUGAAGCGUGUUUGUUAGAUGCAAAUCAGUUCAAUAACCUUCUACGUGUGAAACGUACUGCAAGAACAUCCUGCGAAUUUUUCGUUGUUUCAUAGAGGUAAAAAGAAUCCUAAGCAUAACCUAACUGACAUUCAAAAACCUCAGCGAAGAUGAUAUGAUAAAAUGGUUAAGUAAAUAUGAUAGUGAAGAACAGUUAGAUGCAGCGUGAAUUACGGCAUAAAACAAAUCGGGAAAAGUGCUGACCUUGUUGCAUAAAAAAAAACCCCUAACCUACAGCACGCAGUAACUAAAAAACAAAUAGUAUAUACACCUAUACACAGAUAGGUAUGUAUGUAUAUACCUACGCAUUAUGCAUAUAUUCUAAUGAAAGUAUAUGAGUAAGCCGUUUCCCUUUCGUGCAUUAACUUCGAUGAACGUGGAAGAAAAAGAAAGCGCAAGUCGAGCUACCAUCCUUUUGGCUCAUCUAUAAUGGGGCUAAACUAACAUAAACGACGGAACGGUGGAUAAAGAUGAUUUGCCCUGACCGAAAAGCAGAAAUGAGAAGUGGACAAAAAUAAGGAACACGAGUUGUAACGUAUUAACGCUAAGUCAACUUUAUGGAACGCGAGUAAGAGCGCAAACGGUGCAAGAAAAAUAACGAAACUAACCUAGAAACACAUGGCGCGCGUGUUCCGUCAUUCCUUCAUGUGCGAUUCUGUCUUUUUACAGGACAAAAUGAUGGUAACCAGUGGGGGCGUUGCUUGCAUUGGGUUGAUUUUCGAUCGCAUCCGACUAGGGACGGCCACGGCCGUAUGGAUAAGACUUGAACGCAGUCCAUGUUUGGUGAGAUAGAUAAUGUUACGGGAGAUUUUGUGUUGAAGGUGCAAACUGGUUCAGCUUUGCUGCAUUAAACUAUCCAUUUCUGUUAAAACCAUAGGCAUUCGUGGUUUCACAGAACCAAGUGCUCACGUGUCAGCAUCACAGGAUUCAGAUCGAAUUGCAGGUCCACAAUCCACAGAGUAUAUUGUGGUUUGUUGAUAUCUUACCGUGAUUAACAUGAACUAAAAGUUUGUCCUAGAAUAUUGAUCACUUGAGCCAAGUGGAAAUGUGUCUUUAAACCGGAUUUUUUGUGUUUACUUUUCACAUUAUCAACGACACCAGGCGCUUGUUUUUAAGAGAAGAACUCAGCCUCAUCAACGAUUAGACACAUUGAUUUGAGGGAAUGGGAUAAGGAGGAUUGAAAUUUGUUUAAUGCAGUUUCUAUACAUGAAAGCUACUACAAAAUAAUGUUGCCUAUCUAAUACAUCCGCGAACUAUAUGUAUUUAUGCUAUAGAGAUGUAGAUGCAUUAGUGGCAUGUUCAGAGCAGCUUCUUUGGACGCACCAAUAAUCAGGUCCGCAUGUUUGUGUGGGAUAAUGGCUUUCCUAGUCAAAGGGGCCGUUAAAGUUGUCUAGUUAUUUCGAUCGCACGCGUGGGGUUCACUGUUGCCUGUUUUUUGUAAAUGGCAUCCACUGGAAGGCGCAUGGUAAACGGCCAACAAAGAAAACAGAAUCAGUGGAUGCAACUUUUCCCAAGGGAUGAAAUGGAACUGUACAUUGAUUGCACUGGAUGGCAAAACCCCCCGGGGGUAUAGUGUUUUCCUUUGCAGUUUGGUGCACUGAAACGGACUGCAAACAUGAUUUCACAUCCACGCAUAAUAAGCACACUUUUUAUGCCAUCUUUCUUUUAUUUAAAUAUCUCCUUGAGCAUGGGUAUGUGUUUUGAUAAAAAGUAAUUAUAUUUAACGAAGAAUAAACAGUGAAAUGAAGGAAACCAUU